AUGUCUCGAUCAAGGAGCAACGAAGCCACACCCUGCCGCUGUACACAAAAUGAUAGCGUGGCGAUGCAGAUUUGCGAAGGCGGACGAAGAGGUGGUGUUGCUGCACGGGGAGAAGGCAGCCAUUCCACCCUACCCAGCAAACGAGACAGCAGCAUCCCGGCGCAUCGAUGUUUCCUACUUUCCGAAGACGAAGACAACGACUGGGACCCAUAUCCGCCUUCGCCACCGCUCUCUCCUAAAACAGUUGUCAUCGAGCCAAGAUCACGCUACAGUCAGCGCGCAACUAUGUUGCACCAAUAUAGCUCAGCGAAGCGGCGACCAGGCUGGAAACCGAGUCUCAAGGAAGAGUUACUACGCAGAACAUCGAUGGAUGCUGCCAUGGGGCACACUGAACCGCGUGCCAGCACACAGACGGGUCGUAACAGAAGCAAGACGACAAGACUGCAUUACACGGCCGAGGAAGGUAUAGAAACUCCGCAACCACAACGAAGACGCGGAUCAACCUUGUUGCAUCCUUCCUCUCCAAUCACAGGUUCGGCAAUAUUACACGCAGGCGCUCCACCAACGGACAUCCAACCGCUACCACAGUACCAUCCUUGUUUCGAGAACAGCCCAAGAAUUCUUCUACGCAAGGGCUCCUCGCUACUCCACCCGUCUCCACCUCUAAACGACGCAGAAUCGGAAGCCAACAUGCGAAUCGCGCAGCUGAAAACAGUCUUGUCUUUCCCCCCGAGAAAACAGUGGUGA